AUGCCCUCGAGGGAAAGGAAAAGGAAAGCGGGCGCGCUUCGACGCCACUCGCGCUCGCCUAACCCUAGAAUCACGUCGGGGGGCGGCUUUGCAUUGUAGGAUUGGCGGCUUCCCCGAGUCGCCGUCCUCCUUCCCCCAUGAAUCGCAUCUGCAAGCGCGCUCCGACGGAAGCGGGAGAAGCCGCUUGGCAAAAGAGGAGACCCGCCCGCCGCUCCAGAGCUCUGUGCGCUUGAAAGCCUGACGGACUUAUAUGUUGCUUUAUUUUAUUAUUUCUUAAGUGCCGGAGGAGGACUCUUCUGCUUCCUCCUUAUGACUUGCCCUGAGGGGACACCGCAGUGGCGCGCACAGACACACGCCGCCACUUCUCCUCAGAGAGAGAUGCCCUCUGGAACUGUUGCUAAAUUCUUCCGCGGGGCCCCGAAGAGGCGCGACCCGGACGGGCAAAUCUGAGCUGCUGAGGCACUUGGCGCGCUUUAUGGCCAGGACCGGCGGAGACGCCACUGCGCCGCUUCCCAGGCGAGGAGGGAAGGAAGGGCCAGGCAGGCCGCGCGGCCGCCCGGCUUCCCUCCUCCUCCUCCUCCUGGGCUGCCGGGCGGUGACAGCCGAAGCCAGGCUCGCUGGCGGCAACAACAUGUCCGUCGCCUUCCCCUCCUCCCCGCUGGCUUCUUCUUAGCGGCGCCUCCUCCUCCUCCUCUCCGCCCAGCAGGACCCGCCCGCGGUGCGGCCCUGUCCCCUCCUUCCCUCCCUCCGGAGGGAGCAGCCGGCGGCGGCGGCGGCGGCAGCGGGGAAAAGGGGAGGCUCCAUCCAGCGCGCUCGCUCGACGGGCACUGGGCGAGGAGCCUGGCGGCGAGCCUCGUCGUGCCGGCCGGGCUGCGGCAUGGCUGAGGCUGGCGCGGCCGGGGCGGGAGCCGCCGCCGCGGCGUCCUCCGCCACCACAGCAGCCGCGGUCGGCGGCGGCGGCGGGGAACGGCGGCGGCGGCGGCAACGGAGCGCUGCAGCAGGGCUCCCCGGCCGCCGGAGGGCUAGCCGCUUGCGGACCCGUCCGGGCUGUGGUCGCCGCCGCCGCCGCCGCGACUGCCGAGAGCCCCGCUGCAGCAGCAGCUGCCGCUGCAGCGGGAGGCGGCGGCGGCGGCGGCGGCCCGGGCAGCGGCGGCCCUGGCUCGGCUCGCGUCGUAGGGAAGAAGGCGCAGCUCCGCGCCGCGCCGCGCGCCAAGAAGCUGGAGAAGCUGGGCGUCUACUCCGCCUGCAAGGUAAGCCGCUCGGGACGGGGUUUUUUUUGGGGGGGCGCUGCGGAAACGAAAAAAACACAGUAAUAGUUGUAGUAAUAAUAAUUAAUAAUAAUAAGGGACUCGGCAGCGGCAUCCAUCCAUAGACGUCGCUCUGUUCCCUUGCCGCCCCCAGGGGGCGUCCAGCGUUGCCGCUGUUGCCGUUAGAAGGGGAGGCGCGGGAGCUGCCGGCCGGGCUACUCUUUCGGCCCGUUUGGAAAACGGAGCGAAUAGGAGGCCCUUAAAAAAGGGAACGACUGCACCGGUGGGUGCGUGUGCGGGGAGGGGUGUGUGUGUGGAUGUGCACGCACGCGCAAACGGGUGUUUUCAUUCCUGUCUCUCCCACUUAAGGCAGCCUGGCAACAGGUUGCUCGCUGGGGAAGCAGCGAUUUGCUUAAUUUUCUUCUUCCUGACCUGUAGCUAUGUUUCGUUGCGCGAUCGCCUGAUUCGGAUUAGUUCAUGCAUGCGUGCAUGCAUGCCAGCGUAGCUGAAAAGAAAAAAGAAGGAUAAUUUCCCAUUAGCUCCUGCAAGCUCCGUUGUUAACUGUGGUUGGGGUUGGUAGUUAUUGUGGGUUAACUGGCUCAGGGUGCAGUGAUGCAACACAGUAUUAUGUUGUCAUGCGGUUGGAUUACUGCAAUGCGCUCUGUGUGGGGCUGCCCUCUGGGUUGGCCUGGAGGCUGCAGCUGGUGCAGAAUGUGGUUGCCGAGGUUGGAGACAAACUACUGCCAACAUGUGACACCUUGCAUGAGGGAUUUGCACCAGCUGCCAAUCUGCUACUGGGCCAAGUUCAAGGUGUUGAUAUGCACAUAAGUCCCUGUACAGCUCAGGACCAGGUUCCUUGAGAGACUGCCUUAUUUCUUAUACUCCCAGUAGAUUGCUGCAGUCUGUGGGACAGUUUCUCCUGCAAGUUCCAAAGCUCUCAGAAGCGCACUCCCCAGUAACUUGGAACAGGGUGUUUUGUGUGGUUGCCCUGUCCUGUGGAUAUGACAGGUGCGUAUUAUCUGCAGUUUAUGGAAAGAGUUGGACACAUUUUUGUUCCAACAGCCUUUCCCAGCUGGGUGAAGGGUUCUUUACCACGAGUGCCCUCUUGUUAGUAUUUUAGUCAUAUAUAUAUGUGUGUGUGUGUGUAUAUGUUUUAACUGUUAUCAAUUAUCAUAAGUGUAAAUUGUCUUGAAAUGUUGGUUUAGAAUGCAAAUAAUUCAUUACAGUAAUUGUAAUUAUAAUAACACACACACAAUCAGUCUCUGAGCAGUGGGAUACUUGAGUGCCAGAGCUUAUCUUGGGUUUGGUUUCUUUGGCAUGAAGAUCACUGUGGUGUCUUUUUGAAAUAUAGCUUUCCCUCCACAUUUACACAACCUGAGCGUAAGAUAGAAGGACUCACAGCUUUAACAUUCCAGCAGAUCUUAAUACCCCAUUAGGUCUCCAGGGACCCUUCCCUCCUAGCUUUGGUUGCAGCACAGAGAGCAAGUCAAGCCUCUGUAUUUUCCCAGCUCCAUACAAGUCUAUCCCAGAAUAGAAUUGUAGAGCUGGAAGUGACCCUGGGGAUCAUCUAGUCCAACCCCCUGCAAUGCAGGAAUAUGCAGCUGUCCCCUACUGGGGUCGAACCUGCAACCUUGGCAUUAUCAGCACCGUGCUCUAACCAACUGAGCUAUCCACCCCAGGCCUAUCGUUCUCUAGGGGCUGGAGGCAUCACUAACAAAUUGUUUCUAUGGCAAUACAUUUAUACUUGACCAGGCUCCCAUUGUACAGAUAUAAAACCACAGACUUGGAGGGCGCCCGAAGGUAUAAUCCAAACCAAACCCUUUCCCCAAUCCAUAUUGUGGGACAGGUUGUGAUUACUUAAGGGAAGGGGAGUACUUUGCACUUUGUGCAUGGCUAGAGCUGCUCAGUUCUUUGCUUUUGCACCGUAUGUCCCAGGCUUGGCAAGAGAGACAUCUUUCAGAACUGGGUGAAAUUCAGCCUUCCCUGUACUUUGUCUGCCUUCAGUUUCUGUAUGACUCAUUUCUACUUGACAGCCCAAUGGAAGGUCUUUCCAAAAAAGCCCCUUACUUGCCCUGCUCUGUUUUUAAGGAAGCACCAUGGCAAGACUGAAGGUUGCAAUGUGUGUACAGUGUUUAAGUGGAGAUGUUCCACAGUUCUCUGCACAGGGAGGAAGAAGAACCAAUUUGCAGGCAGCUGUAAGGCAACACAGGAUUGAGAAUGCAUGUCAAAAAGGCAAGAUGUCAGUGCAUCUUUUUGGAGAAAGUGAUAUGGAGAGGGGGGGGAAGCAGGGAGAACAUUGUGUUUUCAGAAGAAAAGAAUACUCAGGCCCAGCAGGUUAUGCCAGCCGUUGUUUUUACUCUAUUAUUUGCUUGGUAAAAUGGUGCCCCAGCUGCUUGUCAUGUAAACACAGGAUUGAGCACAGAGACAAACUCCUUUAAGUGCCUGCUGUGUGUGUCUGUUUGAAGAGAUAAACAAUCCCCCCCUUUCUUUCUUUUUUUGUUUGCACAAGAAAGCCAUUCCAGCACUCUGUAUCCAGUUGUGUGCAGUGCCAGUGUACUUGGGGAGGAGAGUGGAGAAGGAGAAGCUUGGAUUGGGCGCUUUGAGCUGUAACUCCUCCCAAGCUCCCCCCCCCUUUCCCUCUGCCUGAUCUUGGCAACAGAGGCUUUGUUUUGACAGGAUGACAGCUGAAGGAGGUGGAGACUGUGGCUUGUUCCUUUUUUGCAGCCUGUAGCUGACGGGAAACCCAGAUUACCAAUAGUAUGAGAAGCUCGAAGCUCAGCCUCAGGAGAGCACAGGUGAAGGAUCUUCCCCUGCUCUUCUCCUUUACUACAGUAAAACCGAGCUUGAACCAUGAAUAAUUUGGAAAUUAUUUAUUUUAUUUUUACAAUUUUCUCUCUCCAGGAAACUCAUCGUGGUGCAUCUUCCUCCUUGCCCAUUUUAUCCUUAGAACAGCGUAACUAAAGUAGGUGUCUGGCCCAAUUGCAGUCUGUGAGGGGGGUGGGGUUCAAUUUCUCCGAAGUCUUAGUCCUGUAUUCGAACCCACUUUAUCACACUGGUUUGCAAACACUCAAGGCUACAUCUAAGGCUAGGUUUGUAUACCUCAUAUUGCAAUGUGUGAAUGAAACAAGCAUAUUUGGAAUACACAGUACAGUGGUACCUCGGGUUACAUACGCUUCAGGUACACACUCCGCUAACCCAGAAAUAGUGCUUCAGGUUAAGAACUUUGGUUCAGGAUAAGAACAGAAAUCGGGCUCUGGCGGUGCGGCAGCAGCAGGAGGCCCCAUUAGCUAAAGUGGUGCUUCAGGUUAAGAACAGUUUCAGGUUAAGAACAGACCUCCGGAAUGAAUUAAGUACUUAACCUGAGGUACCACUGUAUAUUCUCUAGCGAGAUAAGAUUGACAGCAUCUUCUUUGUGCUUGGGUGUGGCCUUCAUCCCCUCUGCAAUCUGAAGAUAAGAUUAUAAAGACCUUUUCCCAGCAUUCCCAAUAAAAGUCCUUGCCACUGCCCAGUUCCCACUGACAGCUCCCCUCCCCCUGCCAAGCUAAAAAAAAAAAAAAGGUAUAAAAGGUAAAGGACCUCUGGACAGUCAAGUCCAGUCAAAGGCGACUAUGGAGUUGCGGCGCUCAUCUCGCUUUCAGGCCAAGGGAGCUGGUGUUUGUCCAAAGACAGCUUUCUGGGUCACGUAGCCAGCAUGACUAAACCACUUCUGGUGCAAUGAAACAGCAUGACAGAAACCAGAGUGCAUGGAAAUGCCAUUUACACCACAGUGGUACCUUUUUAUAUACUUGCACCAGUGUGCUUCCGAACUGCUAGGUUGGCAGGAGCUGGGACAGCGCAACGGGAUUCGAACCGCCAACCUUCUGAUCAGCAAGCCCAAGAGGUUCAGUGGUUUAGACCACAGCGUCACCCAUGAGGGAGGGAUGCAUUCUGUCAGGAUGUGAGGAAGGGUGUAAUCCCCCCUCCCUGUGUCAUGAAUUCUGGGUUACAACGUCCCUCCACAUACACCUACUAUUAAUUUAAAUACUAGCUGUACACCGUGUAUUUAAGGUAUAGUUUGACCCUCAGAAUUUGCUAUGAAACAUUUUAGUACUCUGAAGUUUCUAAAAAUAAAAAAGUCGUUCUUUGAUUGGAAUUGUUUUUAACACUGAUAAUGUGUACAGCAUGACCUGCUUGUUAAAAAUGGCCAAAUCAUCAUAAGAUUAGGCACUUCAUUAGAAGUUGCUGCCUAAUCCCUGUGCUCUGCGCACAAAAGUAAGAAAAUGAAGAGUUAACCUCAUCAUGUCCCUCUAACCAGUAAUAUUUAGAGUGGCGAUAAGGGCAAUGAGGCAUUAGGAGCUAGUAAAACUGGCAGAAUAAUGCCUUUAAAUCAUGCAUAUACAUAUAUGUCAUCAUUUUGCACAUUGCUUACAUGGUAUACUGCUCUCUGUUCCAAGUAGCGUACAACCUAAAAUGUAGAGGAAACAACAGAUGGGGGGGUGUAAAUAGGGAACAGUUUUGGUUAGAUUUAGACUUAGAUUAUACAAGCUUAGUUACAAUAGGGGAUGAGAAUUUAAAUAAUUCGGCUUUGAUCCCCUACAUUCCAAUAGUGGAAAUAAUACUUCAAAAGAUGCAAGUUCCUGCUGGAACUCUCUCUGCCUCCUGUCAUUCCAAUACCCUGAGUCAUGCAGUAAUAGUCUAUGGGUAAUAGGAGUAAUAAUAAUCAUGCUGCUAGAACAGGGACAAAAGUUUUCCAUUGAUAAAUUAGUCCAUGAAACAACCCUAUGUUGUGAGGUUGAAUAGAGGAAACUGUUUGUUAAAACAUUUGUACACUUGCAACGCAUCUCUGAACAAGUUUGAUUAAAAGUAAUUUGUAUUGAAUUGGCUGGGAAUUUCACUCUAGUCACCAGCGCACUCUGGUUCCCUUUAGAUGUUGAUGGACUACAAAUCACAUUAGCCUCAGCCAGCAUGGCCAAUGGUCAGGGAUGAUGGAAGUUGUAGUCUACAACAUCUGGACAGCACUGUGUUGGCUUCCUCUGAACAUAAGCCUUAAAAGUGCUGUAGUGUUGGGGUACUGAUAUGUUCCUGUGUUUGGGAACUAAUAUUUCCUGUGAACUUUACAUAAUGGAGUUCACUCCUCUUAGAUUAGAGUGGUUCAGUGUACAAUGUCUCCAAAUGCUCUUCAGUGUCAAAGGGUAAAUUUCAAAUCAGAAAAUCCUUUUAAACUGCUCCUUUGUAAGCAAGCCUGAAAGUAAAUGCCACUGUUUCUGUUUUUUUUUUAAAUAACUGGCAUGCAUUUGGAGGUUUCUGCAUAAUAUUUUAAGAGGAUUAGAAAUAAAAAUAACCAGCAGGUUGUAAGUCAUACUCAAGAGUAGAUCCAUUGGAAUCAGUGGAGUAACUUAAUUUGAUGGGGGGGGGGUCUACUCUUGAGAGUAUAGCCCACUGGCUCCUUUGUAGACUGAUUGCAAAAGUUCUCAGAUCCGAGAGUUUAUUUUUGUUCACGCAUUAAGCAUAAACUAUGAUGUAAAUGAAUGCAGUUUGUCUUUUAGCCCUCUUUAGGGGGUUAGCUUUGUAGUUAGGUAAACACUUGAGGGGGACCAGCAGGGAUAAAAACAAUAGCUCCACCCUGCCACUGUUUCCAUUGCCCUCCAACUUUGGGGGCCGGCUCUGAAGUGGGGGGCCUCCAAUCCUUAUGGAGGUUCCCAACACAUUUUAGAACCCUGAGUUUCUAGGGUUCUAAAAUGUGUUUGGAGAGCUUCUUUGAAUAUAGAAGGCUUCACACUCUAGAAGAUAAUCUUCCCCAAAUUAGAGCGCGACCAGAACAUCAAUGGGGGCAGACCUACCAAACUAAUCUCUGCUACCCUCCCAAGCAUUUAAAUAAAGGUAAAGGGACCCCUGACCAUUAGGUCCAGUCAUGGCUGACUCUGGGGUUGUGGCGCUCAUCUCACUUUAUUGGCCGAGGGAACCGGCAUACAGCUUCCGGGUCAUGUGGCCAGCAUGACUAAGCCGCUUCUGGCGAACCAGAGCAGCGCACGGAAACGCCGUUUACCUCCCUGCCAGAGCGGUACCUAUUUAUCUACUUGUACUUUGACGUGCUUUCGAACUGCUAGGUUGGCAGGAGCAGGGACUGAGCAAUGGGAGUUCACCCCAUCGCAGGGAUUCGAACCGCCGACCUUCUGAUCGGCAAGCCCUAGGCUCUGUGGUUUAACCCACAGCGCCACCUGUGUCCCAGACUAAUCUCUGCUACCCUCCCAAGCAUUCACAUAGCCAUAAAUGUAAUGGCAGAAAGGGGAAUCUAUCUAUCAUCUAUCUAUCUAUCUAAUCAUCUAUCUAUCUAAUCUUAUACUUUGCGUCUGAUUUCCAAGUGUCUCUAUUUGUCAUGUUGCACAGUUUAACAUGAGUCUGCUUCUCUCUCGUCCAUGCAUAGCCACAUCUCAUCCCUCUUUAUGCCGUUUGUUUGACAGCAGUAAUUAAUAUGAAGAAUUAAUCUUUGCAACUGCAUAACUUGCUUACUUUUAACAAAUUGGAAGCAUCAGUUAGGGCUGAAGGGAUCGGAAAAUUACAGGAAAAACUGGGGCAGAUGGCAAAUGGUUGGAUGGGUGCAGAUAAGGAAUCAGGCCCAUUUGGUGAUGUACGAACAGUCCUGAAGAUACUGGGAAUGUUCAUUUUUGGAAGUGUUUCUUAAAACAACAAAAAUCCAUUUUUUUUUCUUGCCUGGAUGGAGGAUAGAGAGAGAUGUAUAUAGAAAUGAGCCUACUGUCCAAAGGUAAAAAAAAUCACAUUUGUUGCUUUAACCACAUUUGCGUUUGGCUCUCAACACCACUGGCAUGUGACUGAGAUGGGAAUAAAGCCCAUGGCAUGAUAAAAGGUCCCUCAUCCGCAUGUUAAAUAAUGCCCACCCAAGCCUGUGAUUCUGAAUUGUAUAACUCUUGACGUGAUUUCCAACAGUGCACUUGUAGUUUGACCUUUGGAGUUGGACUGAGGACUCUGUGCACGGAGCUUAUGCACUUCGGUACAGGAGGUCUCAGAUGUGAAAGAUAGUAAUUGAAUACUUGUGCUCUCUGUCUCCUUAUUUGUGUGUCUAUCUCAAUGGAAACUGAAUAUCCCUGUUGUCGUAAACACCUUCGGAGACUGUGAUAUUGAGAGUUUCUUUGGGCAAGCCUGAAUUCACCACUUAAAUCUCUCUUCGGUGCAGCAGCAGCACCUACUCAUUCUGAAACUCUCUGGUUUUCAAGAGCAGCUUGUCAGGCAAGAAAUACAGUCCUUCUGUGCUUACAGAAGUAGAUUCACAGCUUUCUGGAUCACAGCCAAAACAUUAUUACAUUAAUCUUCCUAAUUAUUAGCACUUCACUGUUUACUAUUUAUUAGAAGAAAGGGCAGUAGAUAUAAUUAGACAUGUGGCGGAUAUAUAGAUUAAUCACAGUGGUCUUUGAGAGUGGUGUAUAUAAUCUGCAAUCCAUAUAUUGUGCUAGCACAUAUCAUUAGAAAAAUGUUCAUCAUAAACCAAAUCCAUACAGUAAUUUAUUUUCCAAUGUGGGCGACUCAUGAGAGCCAAGACUCCUCAUUGAUUAGAGUUUCAGUUUAGGGGAGGUAGUAAUGCAAAGUUACACAAUGAUCCAGUUAAUUGGUAAAUUAUAGAAAACAAAGACGUGCUCAGCUAAGUACUUUGGCUUGACUGAGUUCGUGGGCUGAAUGCUGAGGGCUGAACAACACAUUACACUCCACUUCCCAAAUGACAUUAUCCUGUUGAGUUUUCCCCAAACAUGUAGGAUCGCUUGCUCUUAUUCUGCUGUCAUAAUUAUGUCCUACAUUUUCCUACCAACAUGGGUCAGAAAUUCACAAUGUGGUGACCUCGAAGCAUGAAUCACCUGGCGUAUUCUGAGGGAGUGGAGGGGAGCUCAACACAGGGGAGCCAUUUUCAGCAAUGGUUCCUUGUCUGUGUGAUCAUCCCUUAGCAUGACAAAUCUUCCUUUGUUUAAGAGAGUGAUGAUAUAAUAAUAAUAAUAAUAAUAAUAAUAAUAAUAAUAAUAAUUUAUUAUUUAUACCCCGCCCAUCUGGCUGAGUUUCCCCAGCCACUCUGGGCGGCUCCCAAUCAAGUGUUAAAAACAGUACAGCGUUACAUAUUAAAAACUUCCCUGAACAGGGCUGCCUUAAGAUGUCUUCUGAAUGUCAGGUAAUUGUUUAUCUCUUUGACAUCUGAUGGGAGAGCGUUCCACAGGGCGGGCGAUCAUUGCCCAAGUGGAGUGAACUCUGGAACACUCUAAAGCGCACAUAGUCAAUUCAGUGCCCUACAGAGUUUGUUGUAUCUUAUUUUUAUGCCGUACUUACCGGUGGAAUGUACAUAGAAUCAUAGAACGUUGGAAGGGACCCUGAGAAUCAUCUUCUAGUCCAACCCCCUACAGUGCAGGAAUAUGCAGCUGUCCCAUACAGAGAUCGAACCUGCAACCUUGACGUUAUCAGCACUGCACUCUGACCAACUGAGCUAUCUCCUGCAUGAGCUGAAUCAACAGCAAAGUUAUCUGCACCUCUUGCUUCUAGCUUGUGCAACGUGAGGAGACAGGCUGGCUCUCUUGAAUUGGAGUCCAAAAAUCUGGAGGGCACCACGUUGUCUACCCCUGCUAUUAAGCACCCACAGCCUUCCUUUCUUAACCUCAUAUACAUACUGUACAAUUUGCACAAUGUUUCAUAACGUUGGCACUAAAUAUUUUUUAACUACUCUCCCCAGCGCCUUCCCAUCACUCUCAAGUUCUCAAAAGAGGUAAUUUCAUACAUUCUUUCCUAAUGAAAAGCAGAGGAGUGACAUUUUAUUGAGUUGCAUGAGAGAGGAAACAUUGCAAAAGACUCAAAAGCCACCCAGCGGGGUGUAAUUUGAACUCCUUAGGAAUGCUGCACUCACUAUUGAGGGCAAAAUAUUUUCACUGCUGGGGUCAAGAACAGAAGGCAUACGGCCUCAGCAAGAAUGCUGGAUCUGAAUGCCAUUUGCUGCCUUUGAAAACCACUCAGAAACAAAACGCAGCGGCUUUUUUUCUUAGCUGGUGGAAGCACCUGUGCUGAAAGAACCUUACUGGCUUCCAGUUUGUUUCCUAGCACCAUUCAAAGUGCUCCUUUUCAUCUUUAAAGCCCUUAGUGGCCUCGAUACAGGAUGCCUUCGGAAGCAUACAAGCAUCUCUGCUCCGAAUCCCUUCCUUUUCGGAACCCGAGAUUGGUUGUUUAACAAGAAUUAGCUUGCUAGAAAUAAAACUGAGAGCUGCAACGAAUGCCUGCCAGCAAAACAAAACACUUUUUUCUCCGUUCCUGUAGGAGGGUUGGUAUUCAUUCCUGGCAGUUUAGCUCUUCCGACUACAAUGUUGGUACAUCUGUUUGCAUCUCUGAUGCUAAUUAGUGUGCAGUGCUACAUUUUUGUGUAGGUACUCAGUCUUUAUGGGUUUGGGGCUCUGGGAUAAUUAUGGCACAGUGUUCUAAAAUCAAGUGCUUAUUCAUAUUUGGGAGAAACUGUGUGUGUGUGUGUGCGUGCGCUCGCACGCCCUACAGAGGCUUUUAAAUUUAUUUUUCUUACAGCAAUGAUUUACAGAUCCACAGCAGCAAGCUUACCUUUUACAAACCUGGGCAGCAACUCUUCCAAUGUUUUUCUGAGAAACAGGCAUACUUAGUAAAACAAACAAACAAAUCCCCUCCACACACACAAAAACAAUCAUACACAUACACAGAGUUCAUACCAAGGGCAGAUAAAUAAAUGAACACAUUGUGAUGUUCAACAGAUUUGUCAUGCAAGGGAAAUAAAUCAAAUGGCUGUUGGAAAGAAGUUGCUUUGGCACAACUUUCGGAUAUGUUCUGUUCUGAAACAUGAAAGGUUACAGAUUCCAGUGAUCUUUCUGUUAGAACUCCUAAACUGGGAGGUAACAAAAUCCAAACGUCGAUCAGAGGGAAAGCCUGAUCUUAUUGAGACAUGAAAGACUGCAAGAUCGUCGUUUUGUGUGUGGCAUUUGCAGAUUCCUGUAAUAUAUGUAGUAUGUUCGAAAGCACAUUACUAGCAUAAAUAGCAUAGUCCAAGCUACUAAAAUAUUAAUAGGAAAUUUUGCAGUAAUGUAUAUCUCUAAAACUAUGGCGUUGUGUGUUAUGAUGUGUUUUAUUAAUUUAAAAAAUACUGAAUUACUUCCGUAGCAAUGCCAGGCUUUGUCUGCAUGUUACGUUUGGGAUAGCGGGAAUGAUGGUGGCCUCCAGGAAAAACAAAAACAAAUGAAAGGUUUAAUGUUAACCUUUGUGGAAGUUUUCAUUAAAAAUGUAUGGGAAUUUCCCAGUAGAAAUCCACAGUAUUUCGGGCACGUGUAAUCAUUUAAGGGUGAGAAAACAUUGACCUAUAACAUCAUGAUUAGAUGUAAUGCAUGCUCAGAACUGCACUGUAGCUUUUGGUUCAUUAAUGGCUAGGAGAAUGAUCCUUUGACGAUGUUGCCUACUUUUUUGCAGCUAGUACUUCUUCCACAUCUAAUGUAUAAUUUGCAUAUAGAAUAUACUGUAUGUAAUCUUUAUAGAAUGGCUUAGAUCCAGAGUUACUCUUUUGUGAAGGGGCUACGAUCCAGCAGAGGCUUCCAUUCACGAUAGAUGGCAGGGAAGUGAGUUUUACUUAUUUUCCGUCAGGCUCCUCCAGCCCUUCGUAGCAGAUGUUUGUGGAAUGGUGGUGAAUAUCACCUUCUUCCCCCUUAUGUGAGCAGGAGCAUAGAGUAAUAUUCUGUCUUUAUAGCCAUAGAAGAUGGCUACUACCAAUGACGGCUAUGCUUUUAUCUCCAUUGUCAGAGGCAGUGAAUUCCAGUUGUUGGAAUCACAAGUGGGUUGAGAGCUGUUGGGCUCAGGCAGGGGUAGGCAAGCUAAAGGUCCGGAGGCCGGAUGCGGCCUAAUCUCCUUCUCAAUCCAGCCUGCGGACGGUCAGGGAAUCAGCGUGUUUUUACAUGAGUAGAAUGUAUGCUUUUAUUUAAAAUGCAUCUCUGGGUUGUUUGUGGGGCAUAGGAAUUCGUUCAUUCCCCCCUCCCCCAAUAUAGUCCGGCCCACCACAAGCUCUGAGGGACGGUGGACCGGCCCACGGCUGAAAAAGAUUGCUGACCCUUGGGCUCAGGUCUUGCUUUUCAGGUUUCCCAUAUGAAUGUGGUUGGCCACUGAGAACAGGGAUACUGGAUUUCAUUUCUGGUUUGAUCCAGAAGGAUUUUCCUUAUGUUGUUCUUCUGUAUUUGUGUAUAAACACAAGUGCAUCUUACAGUAGUCAAGAAAAUAGCUGUGUUGUGGCAAUGUAAAAGCUCUCCUUUCCUAGCAUUACUAGUAAUAUGGGGAAUGUUUAUACAUUCUUUAAACUCAUACGAUCUCUCUCUCUCUGUCUCCCUAUCUCCCCACCCCACUUUCUUAAAAUUACAGGCUGAGGAAUCUUGUAAAUGUAAUGGCUGGAAAAACCCUAACCCACCUCCAACUCCACCCAGAGCAGAACUACAGCAGGCGGUUGUGAGUCUUAACGAACCAUGUCGUAGCUGUAAUCAUGCACUAGGUAGGUUUUGUAGCAUUUUCUUCUGGAAUUUCUGUUUAUUUAUUUACUACUUAUACGCCGCUUUCCCCACAGUAAGCUGUGCCCAAAAGCGUCUCACAGCAAACCCAUUUGCAACAUUAAAAUGGAGAAACAUAAAAAACCCACAAAUAUUAUUCAGAAUUGUUAUUAUUCAAAAUAACAAAAUCCAGAAAUUAAGCAAAUACAGGAUAAAUUCAGUUAUUGCAAUAAAACAAAACAAAACAACAAUUUUGGCUUAAGCACAUAAAUGCAAACCAAAUACGAAAGUUGACCGACAGUAAAGUUUCGGGUACUGGUAUUUCUCUGCACUCCCAAGGUGCACUUAAUUGAAGUUCAUAGCCUACCCAGUUCCAAAGGUUCGGGGAAGGUAACAGUAAAUUGAGUAAAUUAAGAAAAAACAAAUGGACCUAAAUAUACUGUGUAUUUGAAAACAUGCUAAAGCUGAGCACAAGGGUAGAACCAAGACCAGAUAUUCAGUAGUUCUGCAGAGACAAUGCAUAAAUUUUUGUUCUCUUUUUAGUUAUCAUUCUUCUCCUUUUUUCUAUUAAUAUUUGUUGGUAUUCUUACAAUUAAACAAUUUUAAAGUAAAAUCAUUAUAUAAAGAGAAUGUAAUGCAAACAUUUUCAAGUAGAAUUUCCCAAUUUAUGGUUAUCUAUUGCUACUACUCUGGAUAGUAGUAAAAUUAUUUUUUAAAAACAACAACAAAAGCCUCUAAUGUAUUGUGGCUCUCAAGUUCUGCACUCAGAAUUCCUUACGUGGAAAACACAUUAUUAUUAUUGUUGUUCUAGAUUCAUAAUUAUUAUGAUAAUGUGCUGUGAGGGGCAAAAAUCCUAUUUUUGUUGUUACAUAUAUGCGUUUAUGUGCAGUUGUGCAGCACAUGGACAUAACUCACCUGCACAUUUUUUUUUAUUUUAUUUUUUAGGAAGAUGAAAUACCUGAUUCAUGUAGCACUUCAAAAUUCUUUGUAAUAACCAAAGAGGUGGGGGGGGGGAGCUCCAUAAAUAACUUUACGGUAUGGGUCAGUUUCCAAAGUUAUUUUCAAGGCUGCAGUUUGAAACCUUAAAGCAAAAAUAGCUGAUCCAAGAAGUCAAAUUACAUAUAUAGGGUUUUUCUUCUUAUUCUUCAAAUGUAACGCCCUCCAUGGCUGCUUGUUUUGCUAUAUCUAUCAACCUGGAUUUGGGUACGGAUUCAGGAUUUCAGUGCAUGAAAUAGCUUUCCCAGAUCAGACUCUUGGAACAGUGUUUUGCUGUCACGUCACAGAAAUGUGAACAAAAUACAUUUAAAUGACUCAAGAUGUGUUCAGCUGCAAAAACAAAAUAAAUCUGAAGAUUAUGCAUAUACCUGCGCGGCUCAACUAAGUAUGGAAAACAAGAAGUAUCAAAGAAGCAGGAUUAAAAGAUAUGUCAUGUCAUUCUGCUGUUGUUUGGUAGCAGUUUCUUCAGCAGAUCUAGGGAGGCAAUUUUGUACCAAAACCUGAUAGCCAGAGCUCCACAAGAAAGCUGCAAAAUGUACAAGUUUGCUAAAAUUCAAUAUUGCCGUACCCCAAACAUAAAUAUAUUAAAACUUAAAACAGCUUUCUAUGACUAGUAUGCUAAUGAUUGCUGAAUAUCUAUGUAGUAAGGUAUUCUCUAAUAUUCCCUUUAUUUGUGAGGAUUAGAGGUAAGUUUAAAUACCGUAGAAUGGAAAACAGAAUGGCUUUCUUAUAGCAGCACAGGGCCACUGAAUACAUUUGGUUAGAUCUGCAGGGACAAUAAGACCUUGAGUCUGAACAGGCUCAGAAAUGUCGGACUCCUUUCUCUCUCCUUUGGAGAGAAUAGAUAAUCUAUUGAGAAUAGGAGCUGAUAACAGAAGCGUCUUCACAGUUCAGACCCUGCUGUCAUUAAAAUGACAGUGUAACUAAUUUCCCAAUUAGCCUCCUGCUGUUAGAUGGUUACAACUGCCAUUUAUUAAGCUUCUAAGACAUUGAAGCAUUUGCUUUUCUUCGGUUCUCAGGGAGCCUAGGAAACAAUUUUGCUCCAAGUUUUUACACUAUAGCACCUGUGCGUUCUUGGGGUAGCCUGAUGACAUUUAGGAGAACUAAUUUGUUCCAACAAAGUUACACCAGAGAUCUUGCAAAUAAUCUUUUGCAAAUCCCUGAGACCUAAAUGCGCCAUAGAAUGAAAUAAGUGAGAAAUCUCGGAUUGACAAUAUUAUUCCGGAGAGGUUUGGGGACUCCUCACAUAUCUAAACUGUAACCGGAUCGCUUUCCUACUAGCAGACAUACAGAAAUCUCUCACAUAUGAAUUUGUUAGGAACGUUCUCAUAGCAAAGAUACAUCAUACAAUAGGGCUCGGCAAUAUCUGGUUUUCAGCAUUGUGAUAUAUCACCAGCUAAACAGUGCAAUAUAUCACAAUGUCUGAACUAAGGAUGGAGCUCUGUAGAGGCAUUGGCUGGCUUCACAGUUUUUCCUGCAUUGUGAUUCUCUGCCUCCUUGCAAGAGGAAGGGAAGAGCUGAGCCAGCAGAGUUAACAGGGGCUGCAGGAAUCAACGGAAGCUUUGGCUUGCUUCACAGUUUUCCCCACAUUGUGAUUUUUGUGUAGCAUACACACACACAUCAUGGUUUGUGAUAUAUUGCCACGUCAAAAAUUAUGAAACCAAUAUCACAAUGUGGACUUCAAACAGGUUUAGGAUGAUAUAUCACUAUAUCGCCCAGCCCUAUCAACACAGUAGAUAAUCAGUGUGUUCUCAGCUAUGGAGAAUCUAAAUGGCACACUGUAAAGGACAGGAGAGAUAACAUUUUCUGAAACAGGAAGAAGAAAACAGGACUGAUUCAUGCCCUACUCUAUAGUUUAAUACACAUAAUGGUUAAUAAUCAGCAGCGGACAGUGUGGUGGGAUGGUAGUGUUCACCUGCCCUGUGGUUGGUCAUGUUGCUGUGGCUUACUGGGAGGUAGAGCAGUAGGGUGGCAGGGAGGUCAGCACAGUGCAAACGCCCUACAGGAGCCACAAAUGGGAUUCACCACUGUGUGCGCUCUGCACUGGCCUCGCUGCUAUCUUGCCCUGUUCUUUCUCUGUAAGACACAGCAACAUGACUGACCGGAGGUCAGAUGAAUGUCGCCACCUCAACAUGUCAUCAGCCACUGCUAAUACAGUUUUUGCAGCAGCACAAAUGGUGUGGGCUCAGAAUUGGAGGGAAGAUAUAAUACCAGUGAAGGAAGAAUGGUAGAUGAAGCUAAUAGAAUACAGUGGUACCUCGGGUUACAUAUGCUUCAGGUUACAUACGCUUCAGGUUACAGACGCCGCUAACCCAGAAAUAGUACCUUGGGUUAAGAACUUUGCUUCAGGAUGAGAACAGAAAUCGUGCUCUGGCGGCACGGCAGCAGCAGAGGCCCCAUUAGCUAAAGUGGUGCUUCAGGUUAAGAUCAGUUUCAGGUUAAGAACGGACCUCUGGAACAAAUUAAGUACUUAACCCGAGGUACCACUGUAUAUAGAAAGGGCAAGAUGGACAGAUAAGAGUAAGAGAUCAGGACUAAAAAAAACAUUCAAGGAAGAUUGGAAAUGUUUUAUAGAUUAUUUGGAGAAAUAUUGCAAGCACUUUAAAAAAAGUUAACAGUAAUAGAAUAAAUUCAGCAGUUAAAAAUACUGAGAUAUAAAAUGGGGAGAAAUUAGAAUAUGUGGUGGAAAAGAAUGCAAUAAAAUGCACCAUGGAAGUGGGGGGGGGAAGGGGAGUCAAUAUUAAUUGUGUGGUUUUUUUGUAUUUCAAAUUUUGUCAUUGUUUCAAGUGUUAAAUAAAGAAUUGAAAAUAAUAAUACAGCUUUUGCCGCAUCAAAUACUGAUUUUAGGUUAACACAGCAGGGUGCAAAUCUGACAGUAGCUGUUUGGAUGUGGAAAAUACUUGUUGUGUUAGUAGUGUCUGUGAUAGCAUCUCUAGCGGGUUGAAAAAAAGAUUCUCCAUGAGUUCGCUUUGGCUUAUGUGUGUCGGUUGCCCAUUCCCGAGACAGGCCAAUUUAACAAAGAACAGAUAAAUGCUUCCAUUUGUUCAGGUCUUUCCCGUUAAGCUUUGGAUUUUCUUGUUUGUUUAGCUGCUCACGUUUCCCAUUUGGAGAAUGUAUCUGAAGACGAAAUGAACAGGCUCUUAGGGAUUGUGCUGGAUGUCGAGUAUCUCUUUGCCUGUGUUCACAAGGAAGAAGAUGCAGAUACCAAGCAAGUCUACUUUUACUUGUUCAAGGCAAGUUGCUGGUUUUUCUUUUGUUUCCCGGAAUACGUUCAGUGCUGCUGUUAUCUUGCGUAAAACAUCCGUAGAGAUUGAUGCAAAAACUGAGCAAUGUUACCAUCAAUUAGUGCACUGUAUUUGGCUUGGAUCCAGUAUGACAGUAAUUCUGGGCUUGACUCAUACAAGACGUAGUGCCUUUCCUCUAUAUAUGAUAGAGUCUGUAGGUAAUGCCCCACAGAGGACCUUAAGGUCCAUAAAUAACAACACUUUGGAGGUCCCAAGCCUCAAGGAGGUUAGAUUGGUUUCAAGUCGGGCCAGGGCCUUUUCAGCACUGGCUCCGACGUGGUGGAAUGCUCUGUCACAAGAGACUAGGGCCCUGCGGGAUUUGACAUCUUUCUGCAGGGCCUGCAAGACGGAGCUGUUCCGCCUGGCCUUCGGCUUAGACUCACUCUGACCCCUCAUAUGGGAUUUGGUAUAUAAAUUUUCCCUUGGCUUUUUUGCUGGCCCAUGUAGGACCAGCAUGGAUAGCUGGCUCGGGUGAAGAUCUGAUGUUUCCUCCCUUUAUGGUCUUGAUUUAUGGGCUACUACUAAAAUGAGGCUGCAUUUUAAGCAGUAUUUUAAGCGUAUUUUAAUUAACUGUUUGUUGUUAUUGUUGUUGCUGUUGUUGUUUUUCUAUUACAUUUUAUUGUAAUUCAUAUUUGGUGCUAGCCGCCCUGAGCCCGGCCUUGGCUGAAAAUUUGUUAUUAUAUUAUUGUAUAAUUGUUAUAGUUGCAAACCAUAGAUUCUAUCCAGUGAAGACAUUCCUUUGGUGCACGGAUCUCUUCCCCUCCCUCUCCUCUUGCCACAUGCCCCCUGCAGAUCUCCUCCAGAGGCCUCAGGGAACCUGCAGAACAGAUUUGGGGCAUGUGGGGAGGAGGGGGAGGGGAAAGUUCCGUUGCACAAGCAGAAGUUCUUGCACAAACAGGAUGGCUUCAUUGGAUACUUUGGUCUUGGAGUACCAAAUGGUGAUAUUCAGGACAAUCCAAAGUAUGGUGCUGAGUCAUAGUGAAUACAAAUAAUCUGGAACUGUCAGAUUAGCCAAGCCCAAAACCAAAAGUCUCAUUUGGAUGCAUUUUGGCUUGCCUGCUGCUGAAAGUUUGGAUUUGGAUUGGAUUUGAUAUCCCGCCUUUCACUCCCCUUCAGGAGUCUCAAAGCGGCUAACAUUCUCCUUUCCUUUCCUCCCCCACAACAAACACUCUGUGAGGUGAGUGGGGCUGAGAGACUUGAAAGAAGUGUGACUGGCCCAAGGUCACCCAGCAGCUGCAUGUGGAGGAGCGGAGACGCGAACCCAGUUCCCCAGAUUACGAGACUACCGCUCUUAACCACUACACCACACUGGCUCACUGAAAGUGACCAUGAGGUGAUAGAUAAUUUAAACAUUUAUCACUUUUAGACCCGUAAGUAGCAGCAGUCGCCAGGACAUUGUCCUGUUUGCCCCUGCGUAGUUCCUUCCUUAUUUCAGAUAUCGUGAUAUAUUGAUACAUUGCGAUGUUUACCUGGUGAUAUAUCGCAAUAUUGAAAACCAGUUAUCAUCCAGCCCUAGUUAGUAACCUUUUUAAUUUAUUUAUUUUUUAAAAAUCUCUUUUCAACAGCUUUUGAGGAAAUGUAUAUUACAGAUGGGAAAACCAGUUGUAGAAGGAUCUUUGGAGAGCCCCCCAUUUGAGAAACCUAGUAUUGAACAGGUAAAGUACAUCUAUACAGAGGCAUCUCCUAUUAGUAUAUGAAGAGUCUUGCUGACUUGGGGCUAAAAAUGAUGACUAAAGACUUUUAGGAAUAUUAGGUGGUGUUAUAGAUCAAGUACCCAGUGAGAAACAAGGUCUGCAGACUAGCUAUGCCAUGCUAGUUGACUGAAGUUAGCUUGGCUGGUGCAGAUUCGAUUUGUGUGCAAAAGUGGGGCUUCCGUGUUAUUGGGAACACUCACUCAGCUGUGGUUUCCAUGCUUACCAAUGGGAGCACAUAAUGCACCUCUGGACUGCAGUUAGGAAAGACCCCCUGCCCCCUUUCACACUUCUGCAAUUUCAUUUAGACAGUUGCCCAUCCUGUCUUUAAAGCUACUGCUUUAGAUGGUUUCCCUGGCUUUGCUAAGAGACUUUUUGUGAGUUACCAGCGGUGGAGGCUAGUCUGCCUCUUGAAGUGGGGAGCUUAAAACCCUACUUACGGCCCUCAGUUGUACUAAAUCAGGGAGUGCAAACCUUUUUGGGCACAUUUGGAAUUUUGACAGAGAGUCUGCACUGCCCUGUCUUGUUGCGUCUAUUCUCUAGGUCACAGCUGACAGACAGACAAAACACACACAAACAAACACACACUUUGCUUUUCAGUAGAGUCUGGGUAAAAGUAGAUUCCAAAUUCCUUUGACUGUUAAGAUAAUCUGUGACAGCCAGUGGCAUGGUCAUUCGACAAGCUACAUCUGUGGGAGAAAGUCCUUGCUUUUAUUUAAGAGGUGGUUUCGGUUUCUCUUCCAGAGAUUUACUUACACAUGUCACCUGUGCUGUUUGGAUUUUGAAAAAGAUAAAAUGUGAAGUGGACCUCAACCAGCCACUAGAGAGAAUGCAGUCAUUAAAUAGGAAAUAUGCAUUUAGUCCCCCCCCCCAAAUAUUUUUUAUUAGUUUUCACAGUAUUAUAAACAAACAAACAAACAAACACAUAAGACAAACAAACAUAAAUCAUAGCCUUAUUGAAAAUUUCACUUAUUAACUUUGUUAAGUGACUUCCUCACUUCCCCGUGGUUGAAUUUCAUUGCAUGUCCUUUUAACGGUUUUCCAAAUCCCAAUUCUUAUAAAAUUUAACUUAGACAUUGACAUCCUUAAAUCUUCACCUUAUGGAAUUAAACAUAUUAAUUCAUCACUUAAAAUAAAUAAAACCCUAAAUAUGUAUUUAGAGCCUCGUCUUCCUUUUGAUUUACAAAUGGUCUUAUUUAUUUGUCCUCUCUUUUUAAGGGAGUUAAUAAUUUUGUGCAAUACAAAUUUAGUCACUUACCAUCGAAAGAGAGGCAAACGAUAGUAGAGCUGGCUAAAAUGUUCCUGAAUCGCAUCAACUACUGGCACCUGGAGACACCUUCUCAGCGAAGACAGAGGUCACCUAAUGACGACAUUGCCAGCUACAAAGUGAACUACACAAGGUAACAAUGUCUUGUUUCAGGUAUUCAUUUGUACCUGUAGGAUCAGUUCCGGUGGGUAGUGGGUGCUGUUUGCCCUUUCCCUAUUACGUACAGUGUUGGGACCAAUAUUCUUGACUUCACAUUUAUUGACUUGAUUUAGACUGGAUCAGAUAAAUACAUGGAGGGAAAGUCUGUUCGUAGGGUCAAGCUGUAGACAAAAGCACAACCUACGAGUUCCAAUGCAAUAUACCUGUGAUGACCAGAAGCUAGGGAACGGGCAGCAGGGCUAGGAUAUUGCCACCAUUCCUCGAUAAAAUAUUUUCUUGCUCUUGUUGAGGCCGUCCUUAUUUUGCCCUGUCUUUUGGUGCUGCCUAACAAUGUUCCUGUUUCAGAUGUCUAUGGUUUUGUGGCCAAGCCUUUAGGAGGUUGCUAAUGAAUUUGCUUUGCAGGUAAUCAGGUGCAAGUUCUGUGUGAGUAACCUGCUUACUGUGUGCAUAUUCCCAGCAUUUUGGACAGGAUUUGGCAAGCAACAUGAUUGCUACACUACCUAGAGUCAGCUGCCAGGGAAAGGGAAAUUUCUGCACAAUCUUCCUAAAACGAUUCACCUCUUGACACAUUUUAGUACCUCUUGCAAAGGUCCUGUUCCUCUGCAAUAUCAAACCUGGCUUAGUGGGGGCAAGGAAGGCUUUGCACACCUCAGGGCCCAUUCUGUUCCCUGAAAUUUCUCCAGGGAAGGGUGCAAACAUCUUGCAUCUAGAGAAUAUCACGUUCGCUGAGGUGCCUGCAUUGCUGGGGAUUGGACUAGGUGACCAUCAUCAUCAUCAUCAGAUGCCAUAGCAAUAAAAUAAAAUAAAAUGUACUGAAGAUAGAGGUAAAAACUUAACCAUACAAAAUACAUUUUGGACAUUUACAGGACCACAAUUCUAUGAUUUGUCAGUCUACAUUUGUUUACAUGUCAGUAGAUGCCUGAGCUGGAAGAGCUAGUGACUUACUUUUGACCCAGUUUUGCAAUUCUUAUUUUACAAUUUGGACCUGCUAGACGUUUUCUAGUGUGCGUGUAGCUACAGAAUUUUAAUGUGUUUUCUAACCAGAUUCUUUGCGGCAAAUGUCGUGAUUCUGGAUAUUAAUUAAAUAUACUUUUCUUAAGAGGAUGCAGUAAAUUCUUUCUCUAAGGUGAAUUGAUGUGAAUAGUGUAGUUAGGUUUUGAAAGGAGAUAAUUUUUCAUAUUAGUUUGGAUCCGUUGCCUGGGUUUAUUCUAUCUUAAUAUUUCCCCCUUCGCAGGUGGUUGUGUUACUGCAACGUCCCCCAGUUUUGUGACAGUCUACCUCGAUACGAAACCACACAAGUUUUUGGGAGAACACUGCUGCGAUCUGUCUUUACUGUCAUGAGAAGGCAACUCCUAGAACACGCAAGACAGGAAAAGGACAAGCUUCCACCUGAGAAACGAACGCUAAUACUCACACAUUUCCCUAAGUAAUUUUGCUUUUAUUGUGAACUUUCUGAUUAACUUAAAAUGUAUAUUUAUUAUUAUUAUUAUUAUUAUUAUUAAAAUUUGUAUACCGCCCUUCACCCGCAGAUCUCAGGGCGGUUCACAACAUAAAAAUAUAAUAUAAAAGCACAAAAUACAUAGUAAAAACAAAAACAGACCGAUAAACUCCACCUCCCACAAAACAUUUAAAAGGGUAUCAGAUGUUAAUCAGCCAAAGGCCUGGUUGAAGAGGAAUGUUUUUGCCUGGCACUUAAAGGUGUAUCAUGAAAGCCAAACCUCUCUGGGGAAAGUGUUCCACAAAUGGAGAGCCACAGCAGAAAAGGCCCUUUCUCAUGUUGACACCCUCCAGCCCUCUUGAGGAGGAAGAACAUGUCACGGCUUAAAAUUAGCCGCCCCUUCUUUAAUACAAAAGGAACUGAGUCAGCGGCCUACAAUGAAUCGGCAAAGCCUACAUGACUCAUGCAAACCUUUAUCUACCUAUGUCUAUAAAUAUAUAGAGUGGUCAUUGAUUGUGUGUGUUGUGGGUUGGUUGAAUGGUAGGAAGUUGGCUGCGUUUGAUAUGUAUAAGGCGGUCGGUCGUAGUUGGAGAAGCCUUUUUUUUAGAAUAAAAUCAGCAUUCUGCAAAGUACUCUUUGUGCCGACUAGGGUCUGAGGACCAGGCAAAGGAAGUCAAAACCUUUUCCUUUUCAAACACUGGCAGAACACAAAGAAGGCCUCAGAUGUUGAUCUCAGGGUCCAGGUUGGUUCACAUGGAGAGAGGCGGUCCUUGAAGUAUUGCAGUCCUGAGCCGUUUAAGGCUUUAUAGGUCAAAACCAGCUCUUUGAAUUGCGCCUGGGAACUAAUUGGCAGCCAGUGCUGUCAGGCCAGCAUUGGUGCAAUAUGCUCAAACUGUCUUGUUCCAUUGAGGAACCUGGCCACUGAAUUCUGCACGAGCUCAAGUUUCCGUACCAUCUUCAGAGGCAGCCCUAUGCACAACACACGGCAGUAGUCAUGCAAUAGAAAUGUACAUGUUGCCUUUUGUGGUUUGCAAGAGACAAUCCAUGAGGCUGGGUUUGGAAGUAGCGCUGCAUCAAACCAUAGCUUAGCUUUGAGUAGUGCCAGGACCUUGGGAAAGAAGGCUGUGGCUGCUAUCUUAGCUCUGGGAAUCCCCCUUUCCCCCAUUUACACUAAGAUAUGUUUGGCUUAGCAUUACAUGUGAAGUGGGCCUUUGUAUGCGGUUCUGUUUGGGCAUAGGCAGAAAAGCAGGAUAAGAAUGCAGUGAAACAAAUAUUUAAAAAAAUCUCAGUGAAAUUUGGUCUAGCUUUCAAUUAAGUGAUCUUAAUGAAUUUCUUAAGAUACGCAUAAUGAAUGUGUUAUGUGAUAAACAUUGGCUCAGAACCUGAGUUUUCACUGUGUGGCUGGAGAAAGCUUCCGCUUGUUGGAAAGUGGUCCUGCAGUGAACAGAAGCUCCUUCUGUUCACUGAGCAAAAAUGUAUACCCCAAGCCAGGCAUGUCUGGAGCUGACCUGCUGUUAAAGUUGAUGAAACUCAUAACCCAAGAUUUAACUCCACAAGGAUUGGAUUGAAAUUGUUUCUGUUCAGGACUCAAAAUGAGCUCCAAAGGUCCAAAACUUCAUGGGUGGACAGCAAUUUGCCAGCUUCGCCACACCAUCUUAAACCAUAGUUGUGGUUUAAUGUGUGUGAGGCUAAUUCGCUUUAGCCUUUUACAGACUGCAUUUCAUUGUAUAUUUUAAAAUUUAUAGAGUUAUUCAAAAGAUUUAUCAUUUAAUAUAAAUAUUUUAUGCUGUAUUAGUUUAUGUGUCUGUGUGGUAGGAUUUGAAAGUGGUCUUUUGUAACCUAAUGAGUUCUAGUAUCUAUUGUUUCCCUUGAUUUCAUUUUCAAUAAUUUAGCAGAAGCUACUCGCUUGCAUUUUUAGACCUAUCAACACACUGCAGUGCAUUACAUAGCUUGUGACUUUAUAAGUAGUGUGUCUUGCCGUGCAGCUUGGUGGGGAAAGCCAUGAAGAUGUCAGUUUACAUAAUAAUUGUACUGUAACAGGAAUAAUUUAUUCAUGACUGCUUGCAUUUCAAACACAUUAGUGGGACAAUAGCAAAAGGUACCAUGUAAUUACCUUUUUUUUAAGCUGCCGGUUUAGCAAAGAACAAAUUGCUCAGCAGUAACUUGCAGCUCUUUAAUAGUGACUGCUUCAUCAUGAAGAAACAUUGGCAAAGUAGUGUCUCUGAUGAGAUGAGUUAAAUAUCUAAUGUUGCAAAGCUUCCACACACUCGAAUCUUUCAGAGAACAAAUAGGAUAAGGAUAAAGAUAAAGAGAGAUCUUUAUGCCUGUCUAUCUAGGCUUGCUUCUCUUAGAAUUAAGGGUGUGGGAACAAAGAUUGUGAAAGUGAAAGAAACUGUUCUAUGAGAAUUAUUAAGGGUUUUUCUUUUUAAAAUAACAAGCCCUAUGUCAUUUUUGAUGAGCUGGCUGUUUUUGCGCCAUCUCAUGGAACAGUUUCUUUCUCUUUCAGAAUUUGUUUAUAUCCACUUGUUCUUUGAGAGUCUAAGGGAGCCUUCCCCACCCUGGUGCCCUCCAGAUGUUUUGGACUACAACUCCCACCAUCCCUGACCAUUGAUCUUGAUGGCUGAGGCUGAUGGGAGUUGGAGUUCAGAACAUCUGGAAAACACCAGGUUGGGGAAAGACUGGACUGGGAAUUAGUUAGGGUGUACCUGAGUCUGAUCACAGUGACAUAAUCACAACUAGUGCCAUAUUUCCACCACACUGAAGGCAAUUAUAGUUGACUAAUGCAUCUUGGAAUUACGCUGCAAAUCAACCUGAAUGAGACUGUCACAAUGUUGUGUUAGUAAUGUGCUUUUGUUGGCUUUGCAUCAGAGACAGAUUGGCCCAGUUCAGACAAUCAUUGAGGAUUUCGUAAAACCAUGGCACAUGAAGCUGUAAAUGAGCACAUUUUGCUCUGCUUUCAUGUGCUGGGUUUGGUGUGGAGAGCUUGGUUUAUAUUAAUCCAGAGUUCAGUCUUACAUCUGAACCAUGCAACCCGGGUUUAUAGCCCUGGUGUGUUUUAACCGAUUUUAAAUCAGAGGUCUGUAGUCCAGAUGUAAUAAGAAGAGCUGUGCUGGAUCAUAUCAAAGACCUCUCUAGUCCAGCAUCGCCAGUGGCCAAAGAGAAGCCAUUUGGAAGGCCACAGGUAGGACAUGCGGUAAAUAUCAUUCUCCUGUUGUCAUAAACCAUGGUUUAGUGCAAUCCCAUGCAAUAUCUAUUUAAAAAGAAGCCCCACUGAGUUUGCUGGGGCUUGCAGCCUCACAUGAAUGUUAAAUCAUUUUUUAAAAAAUAACCAUUCUUGCUGUGAGCAAUAUUUCCACACAAAACGAGUGACUCAGCUGGUCAAACUUCGGUUUAGAAUUCUGAGCGAGUUCUUAUUUUUCAAAGCAGAAUUCUCAACAGACCUCAGGGAAAGGAUUAAGCUGGCAUAUCCUUAAUAGUAUGAGGGUUUUCUAAUAUUGCAUGAUUAUCAUCUUAAUGCAUAGCCCGGUCAGAUAUUUCGAUGUUUCAAAGGAAGCUCUAUAGUAUUAUUCAUGAAAUGUGAUCUGUUGCCUAGCAGGAUCUGCAUAAUGGCAGCAUAAACUUCUUUUAAGUGAUGUUCAUAUAUUUUUUAGCUAUUUAUAGUGAAGGCUUUCCAGUAUCUUCUAGCAUAAAUGUUCCUAGAUUUUCUGUUGUGACCUUAAAGGCAGCACCGUCGUGAACGAGCCCCAGGCAAUGGGAUGGGACAGGACAGAAGUAAAAGCUCACUUCUAAUGGUUCUGAAGCAGGAAUGAGAAGCCCAAGCCCCCCACCUCAUGCUAAUGGACUACAACUCCAGUCCUUGAGAACUGGCCGUGCUGGCUGAAGUUGACGGCAGUUAGAGCCCAAUGACAUCUAGAGUGCUUCAGGUUCCUCAUCCCUGGUAUAGAAAAUACUCCAAAACAAACUUGUGAGCUUCUAAGGCUGCAGCCCUGUACCCACUUACUUGGGAGUCAGCCCUAUUGAACUGAAAUGUACUUACUCCUGAGUAGACAAGGAUAGUAUCGUACUGUAAAUGACUUUAUACAAUGUAGAGAAGGGGGGGAAUUAAAAAAAACGCACGGCGGUGACAACAAUUGUCAGCAGUUGUGAUGAGUAGUAACGCCAGCUAGAGUAGCUCAAGAAUUUCUAUAAGCAUCUAACAAAGGCAUUAGAUAUAUAAGCAAAUGAUUUCACAUCAGUACUGUGCUUUUUCUCUCAACUGUUAUUAGGUUUCAUCAGAAAUUUGCAACGGAGCAUUUUUCCAAAAGUGUUUUUUGUUUGUUCAGCUUGUUCCUGUUUUGAUAGCUUUCUGAAAUUAUUAUUAUCAUAAAGCAAGGUAUGUUUUUCUUGGUAGAUAAAACUCCCAUCUAUUAAUGCUGCCUCAAUUCCUGUGUUAAGGUUCCUGUCCAUGCUGGAGGAAGAGGUGUACAGUCAAAGUUCUCCUAUCUGGGAUCCAGAUUUCAUAGCAUCUUCUUCUCGAAGCGCCCAGCUAGGCAUCCAGACAGGUAAAUGUAAUGAGGUGCAGGACAGAAUGAAAGUCAAAUUAGACAUGGAUGCUAUGCAAACAGCAGCUGUUGGGACAGCCUGAGCUGCCUGUGGGGUGGGGAGUGGGAAAAUUCACCCUUUCUCUUCCUGACUACAAUCCCCUCUCUGAAGCUGCUAUUUGCAUUUCAAGGAAAGCUCCCAUUAACACCAACUGCAGGAUUCCCUGAACAUGCAAAUAGCUUCAGGGGGGCUCUACUUAGUGCUGAUCAUUCCUGUAUUCACUGUUGUUUUCUUUCUGUCUCCUUGCAGUUAUCAGCCGCCCUCCUGUGGUAAGGUCUGUUCCUUACAGUGCAAGCCCCUCCUCUCUAGAGCAACCUAGUGGUGGAAGUAUGAGUCCUGCUUGCAAGGCUGCUUCUAGUCUGGACCCCAAUCUAGGUAACGUGAAGAGCAGUGGGCUUCUAGCUUUUUUUGUGCUCAGGCUAGGGAAUCUGCAUGGUAUUUCUGCUGAGCAAGCCCCAUUGAAUAGAAUGAGAGUUGAGCAAGAUAAAGCUGUCGGAGAUGCCCCACAUUGAUAGGUUAUGCAACAAAAAAGGUUCUAGCCAUUGUUCUACAGUGUUGGUGUCUGCUGUUAGUUUUGCUUCAUGCUAUUUAGAGGGCUUAACUAUCAAUCGGGUUGACCAGGACCCAACUCGGAAACCCAGUCUCUUUGGCAGGUAGGGGACGCGGGUGGCGCUGUGGUCCAAACCGCUGAGCCUCUUGGGUUUGCUGAUCAGAAGGUCUGCAGUUCUAAUCCAUGCAACUGGGUGAGCUCCCGUUGCUCUAUCCCAGCUCCUGCCAACCUAGCAGUUCAAAAGCACACCAGUGCAAGUAGAUGAAUAGGUACCACUAUGGCAGGAAGGUAAAUGGUGUUUCUGUGCGCUCUGGUUUCUGUCACGGUGUUCCAUUGUGCCAGAAGCGGUUUAGUCAUGCUGGCCAUAUGCCCCAAAAAGCUGUCUGUGGACAAAUGCCGGCUCCCUCGGCCUGAAAGCGAGAUGGGUGCUGCAACCCCAUAGUCACCUUUGACUGGACUGAACCGUCCAGGGGUCCUUUACCUUUACCUUUACCCCUUUGGCAGGGCUCAACCCUCAGACAUGUGAAGCAAUUAAAUGAGGGCUUAUCCACACUUACCCGCUCUUUCCAGCCGUGGUCUGGGCUUUCCAGGUCUCUGUGUGUCCUACCAGUGUAGACACCAAUCCGCAGAAAACUCAAAUUGACGUUUGCUCUGAUUCAGUUUUAAAGAGCGGGUUUUGGUGGGGAAAGUUCAGGGGAGAGGAUGCUCAGACACAGAGCAUUAAAGUGCAGAUCUCUGCCUGGAAAUUGCAGGGUGAAAGGUAACAGUAGAUAAGCGCUGCGUGUGUGCAGAGUGACUUUCCCUCAGCAGAUAUUAGCCCCCAUACAUUUGAAAUACCUGUUGGAGAUAAGAGACAAAGGAUGCCCUUCGCAGCCCAGGCAAAUCUGAACUCCGCAAUCUCUAAGAAGGCUUGCUGUGAGGUAUGGCCUAUUGAACGUUGUGAAACAAGGACUGGGCUGCAAGAAUUCAACUGAAAUUGUCCAGAGAGGUGUGGUAGAUGCUUGUUGCUUCUCCAAGUGACAUGACUUCAAGCACAUACAUGUUUUGUGUGCCUCCAGUAAGCACCUUCUGAAGCCCAUGUUUUGUUCAAGAGCAAUUUGGAAAAUCAAAGCUCAUCUAAAAAUUUCCAUUCUGAAUUGACAAAGCGCUUCCCCCCUUCCAAGUUAUUUGAUUCUGCAACACGCCCCCCUGCCCAGCAGUUAAUGAAGCAAGUCAAAAUGCGGCUAUUUUUAGCUGAUCCUGGCCCUAAAGUGCCAAUCUGUCUCCUUGCAGCUUUUAAUGCCAUAUGUGCAAAACGUUAUACAAUGGAAGCUUAACUGCCAUUUUUGUUGAUUCAUGAACCAGAAGAGACAUCUACUCUUAAUGCAGUCAUAUAUCUGUAUCUUUUCCUUCAGCUGGGAUAAAUGCAGCUGCAGAGAGGGAGGGAGGCAGGAAGAAGCAUUUUCAAUGGGAAAGAAGUACAGGGAGAAUAGGGUUCAGGAGCUGUUCAUCCAUACUCAUCUUCCAUCUCAGCAGCUGCCCUGUAUUGGGGGUUGGGAAAAUGAGAAAAGAAUCAAAUAACUACACAUAGUUCUGUGUGCAACUUCUCUUACAUCACAGAGGGAAAAGGCAGACUUGGAGACAAGCAACUUUUGUCACAUUGACACAAAUAGGAAAUGCCUGUAUACUCCACGGGACAAGAACUUGGGGUGUUAUCCAGGGCUAGUCCUACUUAGAGUAGAGCCAUUGAAAUUAAUGGAUAUGAGUUUGUGGUGUUUGUUACUUCCAGUGGGCCUAUGCAGAGCAGGACUGGCAUUGGCUAUAACACCCCGCUUUGUGCAAAGUAGUGAUAAUGUUUAUUUUUAAAUUUGUGUUGCACAACAUGUAGGUGUUUAUAUACACUUAAAAAAACCACAGCAACCCAAAACUGUCAUUUGUCCAUAUUUAUAAGAAGUGUAACUCAUCUUCUACUUAAGGCACCUUAGAAUGGAUUUCAAUAAUGCACAUGGAUGUAAUCAAACCCACACAAUCCAGAAGCUGUGAGUUACCCUGGUGUCAGAUGGGGCCAGGGAAACUGGCCGUUAGAGCUGAAUGUUCUUUUUGGGUUGGAGAAGCAAACUUUCUCCUUUGGACUGGGCUAGGCUGGCCCUCUAAUCUGCUGGGGUGUUCAUCCUGGUAUCAUAAACCGAUAGCUGCUCAGAGGCUUUUUAUUUCCAUGGAGAAGGCAGAACCCAGAAGGGUCCAGCGAAGGCACCUGAUUGAGUUGCAAAGUGUGGAUGCUGUCACACUAAAAUAUUGAUUUAUUGCAUUUCUUAUGAGUAACAUAAUUUUUCCAUUCUUUGAAUGUCUGCCAUUUGACAGAGUUAUAGCUUCUUCAGUAGUUUAGAUUAUUAUUUCAAUUGCUGUUGCUAUAUUAUCCAGGGGAGAAGAGAAAAAGCAAUGAGCCUUAUUCUGUGGAGGAUGCUAAGAAGCCAAGAGUUGUAGGAGACAUUCCUAUUGAACUCAUCAACGAAGUUAUGUCAACCAUUACAGAUCCAGCUGCAAUGCUCGGUCCAGAGGUGAGACAUGUAGUUUUCUCCAGUUUGCAAAUGUGCCCAUCAGCCUCAUAAGGUUGGCAACCUCUGAACUAGAAGUUGUCUGUAGGUUUUGUCACGCCUAGCUUCCUUUUAUUUCAAGCAAUUCAUUUGUUCCCUUUCCCAACAGAAUAUCAUAAUUCAGUGUGACAUGUAAUACUGCCUACAGAAUAGGAAGCUGCCUUAAACCGAAUUAAACCAUUGGUCCAUACAGCUGAGUGUUUUUCACAUGGAUUAACAGCAGCUCCCUCCCUGCCAUGAUGUUCUUCCUGUUAUCACAAACUGAUACCUUUCCUGGAAAUAGCAACUAAGAAAUGCUUUAAGUAAAAAAGGCUUCUCUUAUAGAAUAGGUGGUGUGGAAUGGUAAAAUCUUUAAGUGUGAAUUCUGAAUUUCAUCAGAGCUCAUUUAAAACGAAACAACAACAUUGCUAAUACAGUGGUACCUUGGUUCCUAAACGGCUUAGUUGUCGAACAAAUCGUCUCCCAAAUGCCACAAACCCAGAAGUAAGUGUUCCGGUUUGCGAACGUUGUUCAGAAGCCGAACGUCUGACGCGGCUUCCGUGGCUUCCGAUUGAGUGCAGGAAGCUCCUGCAGCCAAUCAGAAGCCACGCCUUGGUUUUUGAACAGUUUCGGGAGUCAAACAGACUCCCAGAACGGAUUAAGUUCGAGAACCAAGGUACCACUUUAUGUAGAAAGGGAGCUGAUUAGUUCACCUUAUCAAGAUAAGUCACGGGAUCACACCAUGUCUCUAAUCACAUGGAGAAAGAUCCAGUGAAAUUAGUCCCAUUGUAAUCAAAUUGUGUUGUUUCUCAGUGGAAUUUCUAACACACUUAGAAAUGUAUUCUAUCAAAACAGAUGGAACAGAUUUCCAGGUGUGCUGUGUGCCUGACUGUGAAAACAAAGUAGCCAAAAUUCUCAAAUGUAUACUGAACCUUUUUUCUUUUUUCUUCUUCCUUUCAUAAAGCAGACUAAUUUUCUAUCUGCACACUCAGCCCGGGAUGAAGCAGCGAGGAUGGAAGAGCGCAGGGGAGUGAUUGAAUUUCACGUAGUUGGAAAUUCCCUAAAUCAAAAGCCAAAUAAGAAAAUCAUGAUGUGGCUGGUUGGCUUACAGAAUGUAUUCUCACAUCAGCUACCCAGAAUGCCGAAAGAGUAUAUUACUCGUCUAGUCUUUGAUCCGUAAGUUUUUCCUCCCCUCUCCAUGGGAAAGGUAGAUUGAGAAAGGCAAUACUUUAUAUUGGAUAAAUUUGGCUUCUAGAAAAAGCAUGCUUUCAGAUUUUAUGUGCUGCGUGGAUGCAAUCUUCAGAGCAGAAAAAGAAAGGUAAAGAUGAACAAUAAAAGCAGGUCCGCCAGAUAUGAAAGGCAGUUCACAACAUGAAAAAAUACAGUUCUCCAUUUUUAUUUAUGAUAUAAUGAAAUUUGUAGGAAAUGAGCAAAGAAAGCUUGAUAUAUCAGGUGGCUUCUGCCAACAUAAAAGAAUGGAAAAAGUCAGUAAUAAAAUAGACCAAUCCCACAAAGCUUGGCUAGACUGAAAAGUAAGGCUUAAGCACCCGUAUCUGGUUAAACAAGGUUGUUAGAUUCAGGCACAGUCCCAAACUAUAGCCCAAAUAAUCCAUGGUUCUUAAGCAAAUAGCAAACCUUGACUUCACAUUAUGGUUUGUUGCAAGAUAAAGAAACCAUUUUGGACUGGAUUCAGGCAUUCAAACAUAUCACACUUGCACUAGACAAACCAUUGCUAGCAUUAUGUAAGAACCAGGCCAUUGAUUCAUAUAAAUUAAUAUUUGUCUAUUUUAGAUAUUACUCCAUUGCAGAUUAUGGUUCUCUAAUAUCAGCCAAUAAAAAUGUCUCCUUAGCUGUUCUUUGAAAGCCUCUUUCCACCUGCUUAAUGGCAUCUGUAUUUCUUUAUUAUUUUUGGAGUCUAAUAUCUUCACCAAACUUGGGUUUUCAAAAACCUGCCCCACUGUUAAUAUAUUGUUGUUUUUUGUAUGUGCACCUGUGGUUGUUACAAUGAUAAUUUUGUGUUGGGAAUUCAAAACUGUUUCUCAGUUUGAAGAAACAAGUAAUUCUUCUAUAAUGUAGAAAACUGUAUGAUAGGGUGUUCAGAUAUUUGUUUGGAAGGGGGUUGGAAAACGCGGUAAUAACUACUUCAGUGUUAUUACCAACUUCAGUAAGAAAUGGCCCAAUUUCCUGGGCAUCUUUACUUUUUAAAUAAAGUGAAUCAGCAGCUUUAUUUCUCUUUAAUGUAACAUAUUGCUAAGAUCUUGUAUUUACUGACUGUGCAGAGCAUGAAGUUGGCGUCAGGUCUUUGCAUCAAAUGCUUUUAUUAUUUAUUGCUGCUCUAGCUGUGGAUGUGAGAUAUGCUAAUGCUUAUACAUCACUCGCUGUGAAACAAGCCUGACAUAAAAUGUAUAUAACUCCAGGAAACACAAGACCCUUGCAUUGAUCAAAGACGGCCGUGUGAUUGGCGGCAUCUGCUUCCGAAUGUUCCCAUCUCAAGGAUUUACAGAAAUAGUUUUCUGCGCUGUGACUUCUAACGAACAAGUCAAGGUAAGGACAAAGUCAGUGGUACGGAAAGGCACAAAAUUCACAAUUAUGCAGGCAUAAUUGGAUUGUGUAGGGGCACAUCCCAUUUGAUUAGCACACAGCCUUUCCCCUGACUUUGAGCCAACAGAAACAACUGCACAUCUGCCCCAUAGGCGGCGAGGGCGCUCCCACAGCAGGCUCAUGCCAAAAAGUGCCUGGAUGCAGAAAUAAACGCCAGCUGUAGAAAGGUGGCCAAAUUUAAAAACGCCCGGAAAUUCAGCUUGUAAAAAGAAGAAAACGUGUUGCGUUUUUGUCUCAACCAUUAUGCUAUUCUCCUAAGUGUAGUCUGGCUAUCAGCAGAGAGCCAGAACCAUGAAUCCAUGCAUCUCUUAAGAGGCAUUCAGCUGUGCCUCUUAUCACAUGAAAUGAACCACAUAGGAGGAACUCAGAAUUCACCUUUUCUGGAAUGCCUUUUAGUCAUGUAACGAAGUCAAUGUCAGUGUAACUGAACUAGUUGCAUAUUCUUCUGCCCUCACCUCUGUUCCCCACCUUCCUCUGAUGCUUGCUUGCAUGUAUCUUAGAUUGUGAGCCUUUUAGGGCAGGAACCGCCGACAUCUGUUCUUUGUCCUUCCCCACCAGAUGUGGGGAACCUUUGGCCCUCCAGAUGUUGCUGGACUUCAGCUUCCAUCAUCCCCAUCAAGCAUGGCCAAUGGCCAGGGAUGAUGGGAAUUUUACUUCAGCAACACGUGGAGCUUGCCACAACUAAUGUACAUGUAAGUAAGUUUCUGUGUCAGUCACUGGUUCCACAGUUCUGCUCUCCUGCCUUUGUCAUAGCUCAUGAUCAUUACCCAACCAAGUUAACCCUUUCUUAACCCACGGAAAUUAUUCUGUUUUCUCCUCAGUCACUGCAGAUUACUUAGGUGGUGGGUGGGAGCAUUAAGCAGGAAAAUAAUAUGCACCAUUAGAAUGUUGUUGUUUUUGUUAUUGCUGUUCAUUUUAGCUGAUACAUACCCAAAAUAAAAAACCCCUUUAAAUAGGACAUCUUUUGCAGAAAAAAUGUAUUCAUAGCGGAGAGAGACUUCAUGAUAAUUAUAGACUGCAAAACUGGAAAAUCCCUGGUUGUAAUCUCGACUUUAGCCAUGAAAUCGCUAUUCUGUCAGUCUCAGCCUCCACCAGAAAUAUGGGGGUAGCUUCUUUUGAAAUGAUUACUGAAAUAAUAUAUGUGAUGCACUUUGAACACCCAGGAAAAACUUUUAGGAUGGAUUUCAGUGUAGUGCUGAGGAGAUCCUUCCAUCAGUUCUGAGAGCAGGGAAAGCCCUAUUGAACUAGCGGGAGUCCUUGCACUGGCUUCUGCCAGCAGAACAGGGUAAUAAUAAUAAUAAUUUUUAUUAUGGUAGUUGAUUCCAGGUCUAAAUAUUCAGUCUGGGGCCCAAAGGCCUUUGUGCAGACUUGGCACACACAGCAGAACAUUUAAACUUCCCUUCCCAUUGCAGGGCCUGAGAGCUUCUACCCUGAAGCUUCUCGAGAGGCUGGGCUCUGAGGCAGAAUUCAGUGUACAUGUGAAGUUGCACAGGGAAAAUCAGCAACCCUUCGCCCUGGAAGUAGGAAGCAUGUUAUGCUGGCGCCCACAAAGCAUUCCUGGUGUGCCAAUGUUUCUUUGAUUGUUGCAUUUCGCAGAAAAUAAAUUGUCCUACUAAUUUCUGUGCAGGGAUAUGGAACUCACCUAAUGAAUCACCUGAAGGAGUACCACAUUAAGCACAAUAUUCUCAACUUCCUCACAUAUGCAGAUGAAUAUGCAAUUGGCUACUUCAAGAAGCAAGUGAGUAGCCCUGAGACAGUGCUUUUAAUCCUGUGCGAGGGACUGAAAUUUUAAGAAUGGUUUGCAAAGAUGGAGAAGUCUUUCAGGUGGACGGUGACCAAAUGUUUGAGCGGAAAACGAUGUUAUUCCUUGAAUCUGAAGAGUGGUGCAUGUAAACCCAUGCUUUGCCUGCUUCCUAAAGCCAUUCAUGAGCUUUAUUGUCUAGUGUAGCUAUCAUGUGACUCUUCUGCACUCGAUAAAGUUUUAGCACCAGUCCCAUACACCCAACAGGGUAUCUGGGACUGGUAGGGAACAGUCAAUUAGUAACCAGUACUAGACAUCACUGGGUGGCGAUGGAAAAUCAUCCUAAAGAAGCCACUAUUAUGCUGGUGACGUGGCGUUUAUGUUCUCCUCCUAUAGCCAGAGCCAUAAAUUGGACUUCAUUCUCUAAGGAGGUUAAGGUUGUAAUCUGCCAGGAUUAUUUUUUUUUGUGGCAGCCACAGAAUUAUGGGAUACACUUCCCUCAGAGACCUGUAUGUUUUCACCUGCUUCUCAAAAGACAACUGGGAGGAAGGAAUUUGUGUCCCACCAGCUAUUAACUGGAGGAUUAACAGGAAUUAGCUCCAGAAUUAACUGGAGAUUGUACUGUUGCUAUCACAUAGUUUCACAUUUUGCAUUUUUUCCUGUUCCACAGAAUUAUUUUAUUCCUGUGUUCCUAAUAUUUUGUAAAGUGUCCUGCAAACAUUUUUGUUAGGUCCGAUUAGAAAUAUUGUUAAUAAGUAGGUUUUCCAAGGAAUGGCAGAGAACAUUAUUAAUGGAGCAUUCUGUAUUUUGAACGAAUUUCCCAAACACACAUUUAAUUUACUGCACAAUCCUGUGUACAGUAUAUCUACCUGGAAGUAUAUUCCACUGAAUUCAAUCCCAGAUAAUUAAUGUAUAGGGUUACAGCCUUAGGCCAAUGUUGUUAACAAGCAAUACCCCAUCCACAAUUUGCAGGGCAUUUACAUUUUUAAAAGGGUAUCAUGCUUGCUCUUAUGCAGUAGAAUGAUGACCUAAUGCCAAACUUCCCUGUUGAAAUCAUGCUGUUACAUUGAAAAAAAAUGUGUUGAGUGACCGCUCUCCUUCCUCCAAACAGGGACUGGAUAUAUACUCUAAUUCUUCAAAGCAUAUGUCAAGAAUAUGCACAUGAGAGUAGCAGUUAAUGCAUUCCAUUUCAAAAAAUCGAGAGGGCAGCUGAACCAGUGCAGGAUUUUUGUCUCUGCCUUUGGGCACUCAACUUAUUCACCUCUCCUUCCUUGUAGAAGUGUCAGUCGUAGGCACCAUAUCCACAUCUAUUGAAGUUCCAUCAGGGAUCUUUCCCCUUUAAUUUUAUUGCACAGGUUUUUGGAACAUCUAUAUGCCAUUUGGGUUUCUUUCAUUGUUUCCUUUUUGAGGUCUUCCUGAGGCCCUAUGUAGCUUGCAGGGCAACUUUGAAAAUCUGAGGUAGAUAGUGAACUCAAUCUAAAAGGGGCCCUGUGGUAUAUAGUGUGACUGCAGGCAUAUGUGUAUUUCAGUAGUGUGUAAGUUGGUGAACUAUGUAUUCAUCUGGGUUCAUUUGGGCUGCAGAGUUGUGGUUUGAAAGCCCACAAGGCAAAAGGUCACUCUGUGCUUCCAUGGGGGUGGGGGGUGGGGACGACGACGGACGUACCUCACAGUGGUUCCAGAAGGCUGCUGGAAAGCAGGUGAACAAAGCACAUUGACAAUGACUCUUCUUUCCCUUAGGGGUUUUCAAAAGACAUAAAAGUACCAAAAGCAAAAUACGUUGGCUAUAUCAAGGAUUAUGAAGGAGCAACUUUAAUGGGAUGUGAACUAAACCCAAGGAUCCCUUACACUGAAUUCUCAGUCAUCAUUAAGAAGCAGAAAGAGGUAAAAAAAAAUAUGUAAACCAAAUGUUUAUUUUCUUUUAUUAUUUUUUAAAACACAAAUUACUAGUACCUGCCCCGCAAGUAUUUCUUAGAGAUAAGGUUUCUUGUACAACUUUGACAGAGGGGCUUGUUCUGAGUAGCUUUGGAAAUGGGAAAACAUUCCUUUUAUUACAGGCAAAAAAAAUUGAUGUAUGGAACGAUAUUUGUUAGAAAUGGAAAGUAGUGAAGUGUUAAUUUGGCAGUUUGGUUGACAAAUGUGGGUUUUCUUCUCACUGUGUUACAAGCCAGCCUUACUUUAUUAGAAGAAUAUAUAAAUUGCACCUUCAUUCAAGAGAUUUUUUUUAUCUGCUAUACAACAUUAAAACAACACAGAUCAACUAUACAAAAAUACAGCAACAUUUAUUUAUUUGUUGAAUUAUAUUCCACCCUGAAUUGGCCCCAGUAGCUCAAAUUUGAUCCUGUUGGGUCACUGUCAGCCCCUGCAGUGCUGUCAGAAUGAGACUGAUGAAAAGUGAGAAGAAUAAAAUAAUUUAGCCAGGUAAAAAAAAUACAGUAAUUCAAAAAGCCUGGACAAAUAAAAAGGUUUUACUAGAAUUUUUGACACCAACCCCGCCCCCACUGUUUAUAAAUAUUGUUUUCUAUUUAAGGCUCCAAUCCUAUGCACACUUUCCUGGGAGUAAGCUCGAUUGAGCACAAUGGGAUUUCCUUCUGAGUAAGCAUGGAUAGGAUUGCUCUGCCUGUUCACAGCAUAUAAUGUAGAACAGGGGUGGCUAACCUUUUUUCAACCAGCGUUUCCUUCUGGGGACCUCUCGUGAGAGCCACAUAGCAGCGGUCAAAAAAGUUUGUGAUGAAAAACCGUCCACUCUACUUUAGCACAUAUACAAAAAUAAUGGCAGGAGUGGGAUUUGAACCCAUGACCCCCAAUUGGCAAUCUCAGGACAACUCUCCACCCAUCCCAGCAACAGAAGCCUAUGCCAAAUGCUCCAUCUUUCAACAACAGAGCCCCCGUGCUGUUGGUGAGGGAGGGUGAAGGGUUUUUUUGUGGCCCCGCAACCACCAAAUUCUCAGGGGUCUUUGAGGCAGGGGCAGAGGUUAGCCAUGCCUAGCAUAGUGGCUCCAUGGACCAGGUAGGCCUACCACCAAAGGCUGACUCGUAGCAAUAAAAGAGCAGCUUUUAAAAUGAAAAGCGGAACAUUCUUACGUAAUUUUUAAUCUGACAGUGUAACCUGUUUUUAAUUUGAUGUACAAAAGUCCUCUAAUGCCAGUGUCCCGUAGCAUGGUCAGAGGUUGAGUGAUGGGAGACUACCUGGGAACCACAUGCUUGCCACCUUGAGUUCCAUGAUGGAAGAAAGUUGAGAUGUAUAAACACACCUAAGUGAAGUCCCUAGUUGUGGUUCAUCUUUAGCUGGAGGCGACUGGUUUUGUGCAACAAGUGUGCUUUCAGUAGAGCAUGGAUAAGCAUCACACUGCAGACGGUGAUGUGUCUCAACCCUGCUCCUAAUGUGUGAGAAGGCCACCUAGAUCCAUAGAAAUCGUAAGCACCUCUCAUACCCCUUUACUCAUCUAUGCCUGUUGGUGCAGUACCUACUUCCUUCACCCCAAAAGUAUAAUUUCCAUGUUACUUUCAUUGCAGAUUAUUAAAAAGUUGAUCGAAAGGAAGCAAGCUCAGAUUCGGAAAGUUUAUCCCGGCCUUUCUUGUUUCAAAGAUGGUGUACGGCAGAUUCCCAUAGAAAGCAUUCCCGGAAUUAGUAUGUACAUCAGUUAUCAUUGGGUUCAUUCUUUUUCAGUUUAAACUUGAGAAUAUUGGGUUUUCUUUUGUUGAAGUGACUUGCUUCUAGUUGUUCAUAACAAUUCUAUACCACUUUUGAAAUAAUGCAUUAAAAGUAGUUGAUUAUAUUUGAAUCUGAGGCUCUGUGAUGUUAUAUGCACAUGUUGGGUUUAUUUUUGUAGCCACAGGCUUUUAUGCCGUACUGUGCAGCCAGUGCUUUCUCCAUCAGAUUUUUUGUGUUCUGCUAUCUAGUGCAGGCAAUGACUGUUUUAUGCUUCUCCAGUAUAUGCACAAUGUGCACAUUGUUGCAAUGCGGAAGUGGCCAGAAAAGGGGGUGGGCUUAUGUGUGCUCUGCCUCUGUCAGGAACCGCUGCGCAAAAUGAUCAUUGCCUCUACAGAUUUUCAGUGCAGUCCUAAACCUACUCAGAAGUAGGUCCCACAGACUGCAGCUCAAUUCUGUAAAGAAAAUCCACAUGGGAUUGUUAGCAAGCAUCCAGUUACACACGAAGCCUGCUUCUGCAACAGAGCAAGCAGCUCCUGCCCCUUCCUCUACGCUGCAGUCCCCAUACGCCCCCCUAAAAACCUUUUUCAGGAGGUUGGGAAGAAUUCAAGAAAGGUCUCUAAAUAGACACGGGCUACAGCUUGCAGAAAGCAGCAAUGGAUGCUGUCCUUUGGGAUUUGCAUCUGAAUAAAUUAGUGUGAUGGGACAUACUCCUAAAUAACUGAAUAGAAUUGCAGUUGUUACUCUCCCCACCUUUGAAUAGCAGAACCCCAUGCCAUACUCCAAACUGUGUUUGAAAGUCCUCUGUUUCAAAAGCGGUUUGCCACAUAGCCUGGGGAGGGGGCAGCAUUGGGCAUGUAGGAUUAGAUUAUUUUUACUAAAGUAGGAUGAAUAGAUAAAUUAGUCAGUUUUUUAAAAAAAUAUUUCUUCAUCAGAUUUGUAUACUGCCCUUCAAAAAGAUCUCGGGGCGGUCCACAGGAUUUUGUGGUUUAUCCUACUUAGACAUACUUGAACAUAUAAUUGAAUAUUUGAAUGCUGACUAAAGCAAACUGGGUGGACUUGGAAUUACUGUAGCUGUUACUUUUGAUUGGUAUUUCAGUAAGGAUGCAAUAUAAUUCUAUGAUAGGGCCAUACCAACUCAGUUACUUUGUAAUCUAAUGUAAUUUAUUCUUAAAUGCUUCACUUUUGUUUGCUAUAUAGGAGAUACUGGCUGGAAACCAAGCAGUAAAGAAAAAGGGUAAGCGUUGUUUUUGGCAAUGAAGAAAGCCUGUGAAGCAUUGAUAUGUGUUGCACAAUUGCUAAGUAACUAAAGUACAUUUUUAAUUUGUGGCCGAUUGCUUUUUAUUAAUUAAAGAGCAUUACGCAACUGAACAAAUCAUACAUUUUAAUCUUGUCUACUUUUCUUUUUUUUCAAGUAAAGAACCCAAAGAUCCAGAUCAACUUUACAGCACACUAAAAAACAUUCUGCAGCAGGUCAAGGUGAGCAUUCAUUUUCUGUAAAUAUUUUGAAAACCUUUUCCGCUAUGGAGCGUUGUUACAUGAGUGUAUUUUCUCCCAUCUACCAGAGCCAUCAAAGCGCUUGGCCAUUCAUGGAACCAGUGAAGAGAACAGAAGCUCCUGGAUAUUAUGAAGUUAUAAGGUUCCCCAUGGGUAAGGCCAUCAACUUUUUAAAAAGUAGAGCAUUCAAUGAACCAGAAGCAAAUUGAGUAUAUAGGCUUUGCUCCCAGAAACCAAGAGUAAAAGAGGGGGGAAGUUUAUUUAUACUGCUCCAUGAAAUCUUGCACAAACGCCUGUAGUUUCUUGCAGUGCACUGCAACAGUGCAGCAGUUCUUGCAUUUAUAGUACAAAAGGAAACAGGAAAAGGAAGCUGCCAUAUACUGAGUCAGAACAUUUGUCUCUCUAGUUCAGUAUUAUCUUCACCUACUGGCAGUGGCUCUCCAGGAUUUUAAACAGGGAUAUUCCCACCUCUACCUGCAGAUACCAGGGAUCAAACCUUUCCCUUAAGAUAAAGACUACCCUAGUCCUUCUGUGUAAGUGGAAAUUACUUGUAGUAACAGAACUUUGGAUAGUAGAAAAGUGUUUUAUGUAUAGCUUACAUUGACACCUUUGCCCUACCCUCCAAAUAAGUACAAGUUUUCACUACUGAGAUUUUCAUCGACCCAGAUGAUUUAAUUUCAGGGGAUGGGAGCUGCAGGUCUGGCUGGUGGGGGGGCACUUACCAUGAUGGUGUGUUUUUUUUAUAUACUUUUCAAACUGUAGCCCAUAGUGGCAGUAAUAUCACAACUCUGGCCACUGUGUCCCCCCAUUUCUCAUAAUUCAUAUUUGCUGGAAUGAUUCCAACUGUAGUCUGGUCAUCACCAUAGGCCAAGGUUUAAAAUAAAAAUGGGGGAAAGAGCUCUCACCACCAGCCUAUUUUCAGCGUGUACGUUUUAAAAUAGGAAUUAGGAGGUCUGUAAGGGCACUUUUGAAACAGGACCUUUUCACUAAAGAAGCACAGGGUGGGGAGGAUGACAAUAGUAAAAAAAAUCAAGUCUAGGAUAUAUUAAUAUUGUUGGAACAAGACUUGAUUUUUCUGUUUUUAUACAGAUCUGAAAACGAUGAGUGAGCGACUGAAGAACAGGUACUACGUGUCCAAGAAGUUAUUCAUGGCAGAUCUGCAGCGAGUCUUUACUAACUGCAGAGAGUACAACCCUCCUGAAAGUGAAUACUACAAGUGUGCCAAUAUAUUGGAGAAAUUCUUCUACACAAAAAUUAAAGAAGCUGGGUUAAUUGACAAGUAAUCAGUCCUUCUCUCAUGCAAUCAAGAUGCCUAAUUUAAGAGCAGAAUAUGCAGUUGAUCUUUGAAUAGAAUUGAAAUUUGUGUUUUAAAAAAACAUUUUAUUUACUAGCACUUUUAAAACAUGUAAUAUAGAAGAGUUUAUUUUAUUAAAGUCUUUUUAAAUGUACACUUGCAUGCCCUUUUGCAGUGUAUUCAAUAAUACAUUUUUAUUAGAAGUAUUGCACAAACUGUUUGGGGAUUUGAAAAGGGAAAUUUUUCCAAGCAGUGAAUGUUUAAGCUUAAUGUAAUGCAGUAUCAAAUUGUAAAAUAGCUUUUUAUUUUUUACAAAAGAUGCUAAUGAAGGGGGAAAUGAGUUUUAUAUAUAUUUUAAUGAAACACUCAACUAAGAAGGUGCUAUGAAAGAAAGAGAAAUCCUCUAAGAUACAAAAACCCCAGUAGGUUCAAACUUCCUCUGUGAAUUUGAUUCUUUAAUAUUAGAGUUUGCAAAGAAAAUCUAAAUAUGUAGCAUCAUCUGACUUUGACUGUGUUAGGUCACUUCCAAAAAAAUCUGUGGUAGUCACAAACCACUUUUUAACACUUUUGUAGUGCCAGCAAAAGCUUAAUUCAGAUAAACGAUAACCAUUUCUACCUUUAUGCCCCAAUCCAGCAAAUGCUUUGUCUGCAUAAGUUUUUACAUACCUUUAUCCCUGAAAAGCCAUUCUUCCCUUAAAGUCACACUUGGUCCUGCAGUACUUGGGUGAAAAGAGAUAGUCUUGAUUUUCACACACAUAGGCUAACACUAGAUUUCACCAGGUGCACUGGCAGAGGAAACGCACCGCCCCUGGCGGUGCAAUCCCAGUGGGGUGCCACCGUGGCUGCCUGCGCCCUGCCCCUGCGGGCAGCACACCCUGCCCCCCGGUGCCAGAGCAUGAAGAUCCACCACUGACCAGAUGUGACUGACAUACAUAUGAAACCAAAGCACAUGCAGAUUUAUAUGUGCAUUUGACAAGCCCAUAUGAUCUUCCUUUACUAUACUUACCCAAUGGGAAUGUCUCCUCUCUAGCUGCUACUACCACAAAUUAUUUAAUUCUUGUAUUCAACACUUUCUAGAUCAAUACUGUUGAUACUUUCAAAGGUUUCAUGAACGUCCCCAUAAAAGUAGUUUUGAGCACACCCACCUCUCCCAGUGUUUAUAGGGAUUCUUUUGGUUACAUUAAACUGAUUUUCAACCGAAGUAUUGCUAGAACAUUAUUGAUCAUUACUUCUGUAUUUUACCUACUCAUUACAUUAAAUAUUGGAGUUACACUUUCAUUCAUGUAGGUGAGGGAAGGAAAUAUUCACUUGCCAUUCAGUUGUUUGAAUGUGAGCAGGCAGCAAUUCUGCAACACCCAAGAAAGUAAAUUUAUUCAUUUUAUUUCUUUCUCCUAAUUUAUACAAAGGCAUUCAAGAACUAGUUUCAUUGUUUUUAUAUGCGCUGAAAUAUUUCACUAGCAAAACUGAUUUUAAAAAAUUGCCAAACAGAAUUACAAGAGAAAUUUAUUUUCAAAAUGGCUAUGGUAGUGUUUAUUCUAAGACUAGAUUACCCUUGCUACGUAAUGGUACAAAAUUAAGUCAAAAUGGUGACAUAUAAAUGCCUUAGUGCUUUAUAUAAAAAUCAAUUUAUUUGGCUUUGUAUUUAAGGUACAAUGAUGCAGCUGUGUGUUAGAGUAUUUAAGCAGUAAUUCUCAAUUAUUUUGUAAACUGGGCCAACAAAAUCACCUCUUAAGCUUGAUAUCCUGUGAAAGUGUUAUUUUCAAAGAUUCUUAUUGUCUUGAAAUUAGAGUCUCUUCUAUAUUGAGAACAUUUGGUUUCUAAUUUAAAGAUUAUUUUCAUAGAUAUUGUGCAAUAAAGCUAUAUAGUACGAUGUGUUUUAAAAAUGCUUUAAGUGAAAUUCUACAUUUGUAAAAUUAUUUAUUGUUCUGGUAUAAAAUGGUUUUAAAUUAUAUGUAUAAAAUUAAUCUUGUGUGCUAUUUCGUACUUUGCAUAUAAAAAACCUCUGAAAUAUUUAACUUGUGUGAAUAGACUUUCUGACAAUUGUACCAUCACUUUCAGAUGGUAAGAACCAAACACUAUGCUAUUCCAUGUAGUUACUCCGUUUUCCUGUGGACCCAUUGAGGGUCCCCCCCACCCCAAGAAUAGAUCUGAAUUGAAAAGAGUGCAACUAUUACCAAAAGAAACUAUCUUCAUUACAUGUUCAGUACUUCAUGUCUACACACAUGAAGUGCACAAAAAAAUGUUGGCUUAUAAAUUGAGCAUUCCAAUUCACCCCUUGGAACCUACUUGUAGAUUGAGGACAGCCAGAGGGUAAGCUUAUUCAUGUUUACUCAGAAUCAUUGUGUUCAGUAGGGUUUACUUCCAAGUAACUGCGUAAGAAUGCACCUUGGAAUCUUUUUAAGAUAGCUGUGCUACUUUCCUUAUGCAGUUAAAGUGAAACAUCGGAACAAACACAACGGAAUGGAUGCUGGAACAAUAGCACUACUGAGAUAGCAAACUAAAAUAGCUAUCUUUUUCAAAAACAUUGACACAUUUUAUUUCAAGAUGAUCAUUUAGAAAACACUACAAAGACUUUCAACAGUUAAAUCUGUAAUCUGAAGAUUUGCUAUAAAAGUAGAAUUACAUUAAUCUACAUUUCAAGCAAAAAGAAAUUCCCAUUUCCUGUGUAACAAGAAACUAGAAAAAGACACUAAAUACAUCAACAAAUUUGAUGUUUACAAUUUUUAAUAUAAAAUCUAGUUGUUUAUAUAUUACAUAAAUUCCAAUUGUAUGUGUGUUGUUGAGCCAGGG